GAAGAAUUCGAUGCGAAAUUCAGUUAUAAACCUCCAAUCGGUAUUCAUUCAAAACGAAGAAUUCUCAAAAAAUUUCUCCGCAAUUAUUAUCAUCCAUGUCUCUCUUUUCGAGAUUUUCGAGAUACUCUUAUCAGCUUCUUUCCGAUCAUUCAAUGGCUUCCAAAUUAUACAAUUAAAAGAGACCUCAUUUUUGAUUUGAUUGGAGGACUUACAGUUGGAGUUAUGCAUAUUCCACAAGGAAUUGCAUACGCUGCAUUAGCACAACUCCAUCCAGUUGUUGGCCUAUACGUUUCUUUUUUUCCAGCUAUUUUUUAUGUAAUAUUUGGUACUUCUAGACAUAAUUCCUUAGAAGAUAUUGCUAACUCAAUUAACGGAAGAAGUUCGUAUGUAAAAAAUAUUGACGAUAAUGAUGUUUCGACAACAUCUGUUACGAAUAUGGAAAUUGCAUGUGUACUAACAAUAACCGUUGGAUUCAUACAUGUCCUAAUGGCUGUUUUACGAUUACAGUUUAUAGCCACUUAUUUCUCAGACCAAGUGGUUGGUGGCUUCACAACUGCUGCAUCUAUUCACGUGCUUGUUUCCCAGUUGAAUAGUGCGAUUGGUAUUAGUGGACUACCAAGGCGAUCAGGCUAUGGGCAACUCAUUCUUAGAUUAUAUGAUAUUUUUAUACACAUACAAGAGACAAAUUUAUACGUUGUUGGUAUCACAGUAAUCUCGAUGGUCUUCCUCUACACUGGUAAAGAAAUAAUUACACCUUUGGUGAAGAAGUGGACCAAGCUAUUAAUACCUAUCCCUUUCGAACUUAUUUUGGUGAUAACUGCAACGGUCUUAUCCGAACUUUUCGAUUUCAAACAUCGAUUUAACUUGGGUGUUGUUGGCAAAAUUCCAAUCGGGUAA